AAAAUUUUUCCUCUAAACAUAAUGAAAGGGAGAAUGGUCAUUUGGAAAUCAACAUAGAACCAGCAGAUGCAACUAAACAAGCUCCAGUGACAACAGAAGUCCCAGGGCUCCAAAAAGAGCAGAGUUGCCUUGCAAAAUACUUCAGUGUUGUGUGGUGCAAGGCUUCAAAGAAAAAACACAAGAAGUGGGAAGGUGAUGCUGUUCUUAUUGCGAAGGGCAAGUCAGUGACCUUGAAGGACCUGGAAGGCAAGGACAUUGGAAGAGGCAGUGGAUACAAAGUCAAAGACUUGGAAGAUCUUGGUGAAGGUCAAACUCUGAUGAUUGGAGGCAAAGAAAUUGAAGUGAUGGGAAUAAUUCUGGAAGAGGACUUCAGAAGUGGCAAGUGUUUUCAGUCUGGUGUAAGAAGCACAGAGCAUGCUUGGACUUUGCCACAAGCUCCUUUGAAGCCUUUCAGUAACCCAUUCAGAAAUGUCAGCAAAGCCAACAGUAAAGGAAAUUCACUUCCAGGCUCUCAGAACUGUAAACCACGUCAUGAUCCGAGUGCACCAGAUUCCCUUGUUAUGCCACGUCCAUUUCCUCAACACCAGCGGAUGUUCAAUAAGCACGGUUUGCCUGUUGUGGAUGUUGUUGUUGACCCUUACCUUGUGAAUCAUCUUCGUCCGCAUCAGCGAGAAGGAAUUACAUUUCUUUAUGAAUGCGUGAUGGGAAUGAGAGUCAGCAGUAGAUUUGGAGCUAUUCUUGCAGAUGAAAUGGGUUUAGGAAAAACCCUGCAGUGCAUUUCUCUCAUCUGGACUCUCCUGCGUCAAGGACCGUAUGGAUGCAAACCUAUAUUAAAACAGGCAUUAAUAGUCACCCCUGGGAGCCUGGUGAAGAACUGGGGGAAGGAAUUCCAGAAAUGGUUGGGUAAUGAAAGAAUCAAGGUGUUCUUGGUUGAUCAGGAUCACAAAGUGGAAGAGUUCAUCAACUCGCCUCUUUAUUCUGUCCUGGUCAUUAGUUAUGAGAUGCUUUUACGGUCUUUGGACCAAAUUCAGAAGACAGACUUCAGUCUGAUCAUCUGUGAUGAGGGGCAUCGCUUGAAAAACAGUGCGAUUAAGACAAACAAUGCCCUCGUCAGCCUGUCUUGUGAGAAGAAAAUCAUCCUGACUGGUACACCAGUACAAAAUGAUCUGCAAGAAUUUUAUACGUUAAUAGAGUAUGUAAAUCCUGGAAUACUUGGUUCAUUAUCUUCAUACAAAAAAGUAUUUGAGGAACCUAUUAUCAGAUCCCGAGAGCCUUCAGCUACUAAGGAGGAAAUUGAAUUGGGAGAGCGAAGGGCAGCAGAACUCACACGCUUAACAGGAUUCUUCAUUCUUAGAAGGACCCAUGAAGUCAUAAACAAAUUCCUCCCUCCUAAAAAGGAGAGCAUAGUUUUCUGCCGUCCAACAGCAUUGCAGCUGGAUCUCUACCGAAAACUGCUGUGUUCUCAGGUUGUGAGAUAUUGUUUACAAGGCAGUCUGGAAAACAGCCCGCACUUAAUAUGCAUCGGGGCUUUAAAAAAACUGUGCAACCACCCCUGUCUUAUUUUCAAAGCCAUAAAGGAGAAAGAAUGUGAUUCUACUAGUGAUCGGCAAGAGAAACAGAAUCCCUAUGAAGGGUUGCUGGAUGUCUUUUCUCAAGAAUAUUCCCUGACUUCUUUUUCUGAGACUGACUCUGGGAAACUGAUAGUGCUGGUGCAGCUGCUAAGAGCAAUUCAUGACCUCAGUCCUUCAGAAAGAGUUGUGGUGGUGUCUAAUUACACACAGACACUGAAUAUAUUACAAGAGGUAUGCAAACGUUAUGGAUAUUCCUAUACAAGACUUGACGGCAGCACUCCUGUUUCCCAGAGACAGCAGAUUGUUGAUAGUUUUAAUAACAAAAUCCACCCAGCUUUUAUCUUCUUGCUAAGUUCAAAGGCCGGCGGUGUGGGUCUGAACCUUGUUGGAGCAUCACAUUUAAUCUUAUACGACAUCGAUUGGAAUCCUGCCACUGAUAUUCAGGCAAUGGCCAGAGUGUGGAGAGAUGGACAGAGGCACACGGUGCAUAUUUACAGACUGCUAACUACAGGCACAAUUGAAGAAAAAAUCUAUCAGAGGCAGAUCAGUAAGCAAGGUCUCUCUGGGGCCGUGGUUGACUUUUCAAAGGGAUCUGAGCACAUCCGUUUUUCAGUAGAAGAACUUAGAAACCUCUUUAUACUGCAUGAAGAUUCCAACUGCGUUACUCACGAUCUGCUGGAAUGUACAUGCGUGGGAAGGAAAGAUGAUCAAGGUGCUUCCAAGAAUCUUUCCAUACAACAGGAUUGCCAGCUUCCUCAAACCAAUAUGAAAUCUGUUUCCAAAAAAACUAUAUCUAUGUCACAGUUGAUGCAGUGGAAACACUUCUCCAUGGACCAUGGAAAUCUUCCUGAUCCCUUUCUGGAAAGAAUAAAAGAAAAUGUUACAUUUGUUUUCCAAAGUCUGACCAACUAGAGGAUGCUCCUAUGUAGAGCAAAUGCAGCAUCCCACUUUUGUUCACUAUUAUCCCUAAUUUUGCUUUUUAAACUCAGAUGGCAUUAAUAAGAUGCUUAUAACUCUUACCAAUAAGAAGAUUAUUGGUGUAUUAAAGGCCAUAAAAUGAGGUUUAAAUUGUAUAUUUUCAGUCCUAAA